AUGCCUAAAUAUGUCAAAUUCCUUAGAGAAGUUAUGUCUAGGAGAAAAAGGAUCCAGAGAUUUGAGCGGUUCAAUCUUAAUGCCGAAUGUACUACUGUUGUGCCUAGGAGAGUCCCACCAAAACUUAAGGACCUUGGUAGUUUCACCAUCCCCAUAGAUAUUGGGGGUUUUAAUUUUGGCAAAGCACUUUAUGACCUUAGACCAAGUACCAACUUAAUUCCUUUGUCCAUCUACCGUAGGUUAGGCCUAGGUGACCUUAGGGAAACUCCAGUAACCCUCCAACUAGUCGAUAGGUCCCUUGUCCACCCGAAAAGAGUUUUGGAUGAUGUUUCGAUGAGAGUUCGACAUUUCAUUUUACCAAUAAAUUUCAUAGUUCUCAACUUUGAAGAGGAUGUAGAGAUACCUAUAUUGUUAGGGAGACUAUUUCUAGCUACCUCUAAAGCCACCAUAGAUGCAGACAAAGGAGAAAUGAUGAUAUAA